CUGUAUAAAACCGUGAAGCAACCAACGUGAAUGUUUAGUUCUUCCAUAGCCGACCCAGUAGACGGUCGAGCUUUAACUGUUGUUGACGCGUUUUUUCUGCCGACAAUUUUACUCGAAUCGUUCGUUGUUUUCGUUGCCGCGUUCUCACCGGUGAAGAAAGUUUACAGGAAAUACUGUUGAUAGAUGAUAAUGUAGUGAAAUGAAAGGAAGUAUGGACAUUAAAGUGAAGUAAAUAGGUGGCAUGAAAAUCAGUGUUGCAGAAGCCAUUCAAAAUUAUUUAUUCAAAACAUUGCAGAAAAAUAAAUUCGGAUUGCUUAUUCAUCAAAUCAGUGUAUUGAACAAUCGCCAGUAAAUAGUACUUCGGCUCCGUUGAGUUUCUCUUUUUGUUGCGCCGGAAUGACCAGUACAACUAUGCAAACAGUAAUCAAAAAUCCAGGCUGGUGGAGGCGACGAACGGCACUGGAGAAGGUUCUCACGCUCAUCAGUAUUGUGUGCGGCAUCGCUGUGGUCGCCCUGUUGAUCUCUCUUCUUUCAGUGUUGCUGAGUGAUCAAACGAAUGAAUCAGCCAGCGGUUCGUCGCAGUCACCACAGGCUCUAACCAGUUUUCGUCGUGGCAAAAACAUAAAAUUCGGCUCAAAUGACGCGAAAGGAAGUGACUUCCUCUGUCUUUCCCCAGGAUGCAUCCACUCGGCUUCCAAAGCGCUGGAACAGAUGGAUUCUAGCGUGGAACCGUGCGACGAUUUCUACAAUUAUGCAUGUGGCAAGUUUUUGAAGAACACCAAUAUUCCUGACGAGAAAGUUUCCGUUAACACGUUUUCGGUGAUCGGCGAUCGGCUGCAGGAGCAGUUGCGAUCGUUGGUGAGCGAGGAAAUAGGCGAAACCGAGGCGACACCGUUCAAGCUUGCCAAAAAUCUAUUCAAACUGUGUAUGAAUAAAACACGGAUCGAGGAGAAAGGCAUCAAACCGCUUCUCGACAUACUGGAAUCAUUGGGUGGUUGGCCCGUAUUAAAGGGUGACCAAUGGGACCAGGACUCUUCUUGGACAUGGGUGAAAUCUGUCGGCGAUUUCCGUCAGCAGGGGUAUAGCACGGAUUACUUCUUCGAUUUUUCCGUUGGAACCGAUUUGAAGAACUCAACUCGUAGAAUUAUUGAUACAGAUCAAGCUGCUCUAGGCAUAAGCCGUGAAUACCUAGUCAAGGGGAUGGACAGUCCAAUCGUGUCCGCCUAUUACAGCUAUAUGGUCGACAUGGCCGUUUUGCUAGGUGCCGAAGAGGAACGCGCCAAACGGGAACUUCUCGAUUCGCUCAACUUUGAAAUUGCUCUUGCCAACAUUUCGUUACCGAAUGAAAAACGUCGCAAUGCAACCGCUCUUUACAAUCCUAUGACCGUCAAAGAAUUCCAGCUGAAAUAUCCCUACACAGAUUGGGUUAAAUAUUUCAAUGUGAUUCUCAAGGAUACUGGAAUCGCAAUCGACGAGAACGAGGUUAUCAUUGUUAGUGUGCCCACUUUCAUGGAACAGUUGGGACCCCUUCUUCAGAACACACCGAAGAGAACCAUGGCGAAUUAUGUCAUGUGGCGCAUAAGUGGAUUCUCCUCAUUCUUCCUGACCGAGAAGCUGAGGAAACGGCAACUCCAGUACACCACAGCACUGAGCGGCAAGCAAGAACAAGAGCCGCGCUGGAAGGAAUGUGUUGAUAUUACCGCCGGAAGCUUACCAAUCUCAGUUGGAGCCCAAUAUAUUAGGAAAUAUUUCCAGGAGAAGUCUAAGCGAACUGCAUUGGACAUGGUUAACGACAUCAAGGCAGUGUUUGUAGACAUACUGAAGAAAGUUGAUUGGAUGGACGAAGUCACUCGCCAAUCGGCCCUAGAAAAAGUUGCUUCCAUGGUCACUCACAUUGGCUAUCCUGACGAGUUAAUGGAUGACAACAAAAUAGCUGAUUACUAUAAAGACUUACAGUUCAAGAAGGAAGACGAUUAUUUGACAACGAUUUUAUACAUGAAUCAGUUUGGAACAACGAAAGCCUUCAGAAAACUGCGAUUACCGGUGAAUAAAACUGACUGGAUUACCCACUCGAGGCCAGCUGUUGUGAACGCAUUCUACUCCUCAAUCGAGAACAGCAUUCAAUUCCCAGCCGGUAUCCUUCAGGGACAAUUUUUCUCAUACGAUCGACCAAAAUAUAUGAACUAUGGUGCAAUCGGAUUCGUUAUCGGACACGAAAUAACACAUGGAUUCGAUGACCAGGGCCGUCAAUUCGAUAAGAAUGGUAACCUUAUCGAAUGGUGGCAGCCAGAUACCAAGAAAGCAUACCUCGAGAAAGCCCGAUGCAUCAUUGAACAGUACGGAAACUACACUGAACCGAACGUAAAACUGAACCUGAAUGGCAUCAACACCCAGGGAGAGAACAUCGCGGACAACGGUGGCAUUAAGGAAGCAUACUAUGCGUACAAGAGAUGGAGCGAGAAAAAUGGACCAGAACCUCGCCUGCCUGGUUUAGAUAUGACACCGGAGCAGAUGUUUUGGCUAUCGGCCGCCCAGACUUGGUGUUCCGUCUACCGUCCGGAAACAAUGAAAAUGCGUAUCACCACCGGAGUUCACUCACCUGGACAGUUUCGAGUACUUGGUCCAAUGAGUAAUAUGAUCGAAUUUUCAAAAGAUUUCAAUUGUCCUACCGGAUCACCAAUGAAUCCCGUCCAAAAAUGUGAGGUGUGGUAGACUUCACGAGUGAAACUCACAUGAGUUCAUUCAUUAUCUCUUCUUCAUUUUUGCAACAAUGUCUGUAUUUUUAUCAAGCUAUUGGUGGCUAUGCAUCCAUUCAUGUAUCUGCCGUUAACACUUCCCUCUUGUCGCCGUUCUCAGCAAACGAACGUGAUAUAAUGGGAACUGUUCUGUUCUUGUUUUUGAAGGGACUUUAACCCAAAGGUCAUUCGUCCCUUAUAUAAUGGGAACUUCCUCAGUUAGUUCUUAUAUAAUUGGUCAAUGAUAGGGGAGGGUGUUCUUAAACCGACUACCUGAAUUGUGAAGGCCAUCAUGGAUUUAUAAUAUUUGUUUUAGUGGAUUCAGCAUUGAAUUGUAUAGUCCGGUUCACAAGUCUAUCCAUUAGGACCAUCCGCCCCUACUUAUAAUUUCGUGAACAGAAAUUGAAAUUGCGCCAUCAUUGUGAAAAAACACACACAAAUCGCUACAAAUAAUUUAUUCCAAUUUAUUGUAUCAAAUGCUUUUAAACAAAACGAUUCAAUCGCUAAAAAAACAAAACAAAAAGUGAAUUUCCUUGGUUGUUGGAAAUAUGUGUGUGAUAUUGAUAAUUUGUUGUUACAAACGUAUCAACGUACGUAGAUAAUUCAUAUGAAUCAAAGUUAACAAAAAAAAAAACACAAAAAUGUAGAAAACUGAUAUAAAUGGUCAGUUUAUCCUACAUCUGGAGCAGAUGACUUAAUGUUCUUGUUAUAACGUAGUCAAUAAAUACUUCAUUGUACUUUUUGUUAUAUUGUAAGGUAAUGAUUGUCUGAAAAUAAAAUGUUUUCUACUAA